AUGGAUGAGACCGUCUUCCUGCAGGACACCACGCCGGACGAGCUGCUGAGCGCCGUGAUGACGGCCGUCCUGGAGGACGUGGGACUGUCCCCGGACCAGCUGGGGGACGUCUGUGUGGGAAAUGUUCUGCAGCCUGGAGCCGGAGCGCUGAUGGCCCGAGUGGCUCACUUCCUCAGCGGUUUUCCAGAGAAGGUUCCGGUUUACACGGUGAACAGGCAAUGUUCCUCUGGCCUGCAGGCGCUGCUCAACAUCGCAGGAUCCAUCCGGAGCGGAUCCAUCCAGCUGGGCCUGGCCUGCGGAGUGGAGAGCAUGUCGCUCCGAUCCAUGGGGGAUCCAGGAGAUCUGAGCUCCAGACUGUCGGCCAACGCCAAGGCGAGGGACUGCCUGAUCCCCAUGGGCGUGACGUCGGAGAACGUCGCGGAGCGGUUCGGAGUUUCCCGGCAGCAGCAGGACGCCUUCGCUCUCGACUCCCAGAUCAAGGCGGCCCGGGCCCGGGACUCGGGGCGGUUCGACCAGGAGAUCGUUCCCGUCUCCGUCACGGUCCGGGACGAGUCGGGCCGGGAGCGGCGGCUGCAGGUUCGGAGGGACGAGGGAAUCCGGGCGGGAACGACCCUGGAGGACCUGGCCCGGCUCCGACCCGCCUUCAAACCCGACGGAACCACCACGGCAGGAAACUCCAGCCAGGUGAGCGACGGGGCAGCGGCGGUUCUGCUGGGCCGCCGGGCCGCCGUGGAGGAACUGGGUCUGCCGGUUCUGGGCGUGCUGCGGGGCAGCGCCGUGGUGGGCGUCCCGCCGGACCUGAUGGGCAUCGGCCCGGCGCUGGCCAUCCCCGCCGCGCUGCAGCAGGCAGGCCUGACAGUGAACGACAUCGACGUGUUCGAGAUCAACGAGGCGUUCGCCAGCCAGGUGUGUGUGUGGGCCAUGGAGGUUCAGGGGCCCCCGAGUAUGGGCCAGUGUGUCACCAGGAUCAUCCAGCAGGUGGAGCUAAUGCAGCCCUAA